AUGUGGUUAGAGUCGCACUGGAAGAACAUCCGCCAAACCUUGCUGCUGCUUUUCGCUGCUGCUCUUCUCAUUGGAGUCACUAUGCUUGCCAUUUCAUCUAGUAUCAAUCCAGUAGGCUAUUUCUUCCUAGGGGUAGGAGGAGUGUGCCUGAUUGGCUAUUUGUUGAGUGUGUUUGCCGAAUGCUACCUGAAGCAUCAGCGUCUACGUGAUAGAAAUGAGAUCUCCCCUAGCAGAGAGAGCCAAGCAGGGGUGAAUGCUGCCUAUGAAGCACCUUCCUAUGAGGAGGUGAUGACUAUGUCAGCUCCAGCAAUAUGGACAAUUGCAUCCAAUCCAGGCACAGUACCCUCACCACUGAGUGAUCCUCCACCUUACAAUGUAGUUAUUGAAUCAUCUGCCCAAGAAGAGACUGUGGUAGAGUCUUUCAGGGUCUCAGUGCCAUCUGACACAACGCACACCUCUGAGACAGACACCAGCUCCAGGAUGCGCUUGCAGCUUGUGCAGCCCCCCAGGUUGCAGCGUUUUGUUUCAGACAUCCAUGAAGUGAAAGGCACUGAAGACAGGCUUGAGCCACUGGAGCCACUCACUCCACCACCUGCAUAUGAAAGUGCCAUCAACAAUGAGGUCUUUGAAGAUGCUUUCCAACCCUCAAUAUUAUGAUUAAUUCCAC